UAGCGGCGCUCUCGGAGGCUUACUGUCCUCACCGAGUUGCCGUAGCCGGGCUGUACCCGCUGCUUCUCGGUGUGCCGGGGUAGUCGCGCGGAUUGCGCGACUCUCCCUGAAUCAUGGCGGCCUCCGCUUACACCCACCCGGGCGCUGACAGACGACGCCACUGCCGAAGCAUGGAAGCAGGUCGAGAGAGACUGGAGGACGACGGCGUUCAGACCCUCACUUCGGUUGAGCAGACAAAGGUAGAGAGCAUAGUCCAAGAUGUCUUCAAUGCUUACAAGACAAACCAUCAUGACUCACAGUUUGUUUUGCAGCGGGAAAAGCACUUCCACUAUCUGAAGAGAGGGCUGAGGCAACUGACGGAUGCUUAUGAGUGUCUGGAUGCCAGCCGGCCAUGGCUGUGCUAUUGGAUCCUGCACAGUCUGGAAUUGCUGGAGGAACCCGUUCCGGACUCUGUAGCUUCAGAUGUGUGCCAAUUUCUGAGUCGUUGCCAGAGCCCAGAAGGAGGCUUUGGAGGGGGACCAGGCCAGCACCCACAUCUUGCUCCAACAUAUGCUGCUGUCAAUGCUCUCUGCAUCAUUGGCACUGAAGAGGCCUACAAUAUCAUUAACAGGGAGAAGCUUCUGGAGUAUCUGUAUUCCCUGAAGCAGCCUGAUGGCUCCUUCAUCAUGCACAUAGGAGGGGAAGUGGAUGUCCGGAGCGCCUACUGUGCUGCAUCGGUGGCUUCUCUUACCAACAUUAUUACGCCAACACUUUUUGAUGGGACGGCAGAAUGGAUAGCAAGGUGUCAGAACUGGGAAGGGGGGAUUGGAGGAGUUCCUGGCAUGGAGGCCCAUGGUGGAUAUACUUUCUGUGGAUUGGCAGCACUGGUCAUCUUGAAAAAAGAAUACAUAUUGAAUCUGAAAAGCUUAUUACACUGGGUCACAAGCCGCCAGAUGCGUUUUGAAGGAGGCUUUCAGGGUCGCUGCAACAAGCUAGUGGAUGGCUGUUACUCAUUCUGGCAGGCUGGCUUGCUACCUCUCCUACAUCGAGCACUGCAUGCCAGAGGUGAAACUGCCCUCAGUAUGACACAUUGGAUGUUCGACCAGCAAGCACUGCAGGAAUACAUCCUGCUAUGUUGCCAGUGUCCUGCAGGGGGCCUCUUGGACAAACCUGGCAAGUCACGGGACUUUUACCAUACCUGCUAUUGCCUGAGUGGGCUCUCAAUAGCACAGCACUUUGGCAGUGGGGACCUCCUCCAUGAAGCCGUGCUAGGAGUGCCAGAAAACCGCCUGCGGCCUACACAUCCUGUAUACAACAUUUCCCCUGACAAAGUGGUGCAAGCUGUGAUGUACUUUCUGAAGAAGGCUGUUCCAAAUAGAGAGGAGACUGCUGCUUAUUAAGAGGGCCUUGUUCGAUGCUGUGCGGUGCAUCUUUGUCCUAUUCAGCAUAUGGCACUGCAAAUCGUCUCGGCUAUCCUGGAGCCCAUCCACAGAGUUUGACUUUCUCAAUCUCACAAAACUGGGCUGAACUUCGUGUGUCUUUUUUGCAAGAGCUCUGCUAGCCAUACCAAAACCAAGCAGCGUCAAGUACCUAGCAGAUUGGCUGCAUGGUGGUGUAUGGUUAGAUGGGCUGGUUGUUCACUAGCAACUGCACUUUUGGUUUCCAAAUAAAGGAGCAUGUUAAUAUUUUUAGCAUCUGCCAAACCAGCCCUGUCGCACUCCGCUAAGCAAAUAGGAGGAUAGCUGCUCUAGAUUGGCCUGGCCCCAGGAGAUGCCCUGGUCGAGACUCCCUUUAGGCAAUAUGAGUUUUGUCCAUUUUACACUCUCUGCAGUGUUUCAUGCACUAAGGGCCAGGUGGUACACCCCUGCUUCUAAACAGAAAAGUAUAUUUCAAAUCAGCAGAUUAGAAAUAAACACGCUAACAAAGAAUAGUAGAUGCAUCUUUGUAUGUGAGCUGCUGGACCAUAUUGGAAGAGUGCUCUUUUUUGCAAUAUAAAAUGGUAUCUAGAAACCCUCUUCUGGCACUGAAUGAAGGCAGGACUCUGGCGUUAAGUUCUUUCCCUUGCAAAUUAAUAGUAGCCUGCCCAGGGGAGAAUUGACAAUAUGUUUGUGCAUUUUAUUAAAAAUAUACUAAUUCCUUUCUUA